UUCAUUGUUUGAGAAGGCAGUGAAGAGCCAGGAAAAAUCUCAGUGGAUCUGCCUGCCCCAGAACUGGCCUGAUUUGGGAUUCUGUGUUGCCUCCAGUGACAGCACCACGCCCGAGAUGAAUCUCCGUUCUGUAUUUACUGUAGAACAACAAAGGAUUUUACAGCGUUAUUAUGAAAAUGGAAUGACAAAUCAAAGUAAAAACUGCUUUCAGCUCAUUUUACAGUGCGCACAAGAGACUAAACUGGACUUCAGUGUAGUUAGGACGUGGGUUGGCAAUAAGAGAAGAAAAAUGAGUAGUAAGAAUUCUGAAUCAGGAACAGCAACAACAGGAACUGUUUCCGGUCCCUCUUUGGGAACUCCAGACAUUACAGUCAGAAAUGUAGUUAAUAUUGCUCGAUCCUCAAGUCAACAAUCUUCAUGGACAUCUUCCAAUAAUGAUGUCAUUGUAACUGGUAUAUACAGCCCAGCCAGUUCAUCAAAUAGGCAAGGAACAACCAAACAUACAAAUACACAAAUCACAGAAGCACAUAAAAUCCCUAAUCAGAAAACAGCCAGUAAAAAUGACACUGAGUUUCAGUUGCACAUUCCCGUUCAAAGGCAAGUGGCACACUGUAAAAAUGCCUCUCUGCUCUUAGGUGAAAAAACUAUUAUUUUGUCAAGACAGACAAGUGUGUUAAAUUCUGGAAACUCAGUAUAUAAUCACACAAAGAAAAACUAUGGAAACUCUUCAAUGCAAACUUCUGAAAUAACAGUACCUCAAAAGCCAUCAGUGUGUAACCGACCUUGUAAAAUUGAGCCAGUUGGAAUGCAAAGGUUAUAUAAGCCUGAACACAUGGGUUCACGUAACUUAUGUGGGCAAAAGCCACCAAUUAGAGACCCUUACUGCAGAACGCGGAACUUGGAAAUCCGUGAAGUAUUUUCACUGGCUGUUAGUGAUUACCCACAGAGAAUUCUGGGAGGAAGUGGCACGCAGAAGUCCAAUUCAGCAGAAGGAAAUUGUUUGUCUAUUGCAAUGGAAACUGGGGAUGCUGAUGAUGAGUAUGCCAGAGAGGAAGAGUUGGCAUUGAUGGGAGCACAGAUACCAAGCUACUCAAGAUUUUAUGAAAGUGGCAGUUCCCUUAGAGCUGAGAACCAAAGUACAACUUUGUCUGGGCCAGGAAGAAAUAUGCCAAAUUCACAAAUGGUUAACAUUAGAGACCUUUCAGAUAAUGUGUUGUAUCAAAACAGAGACUGUCACUUGACACCACGGACCUCAUUUCACACAGCAUCUACUACAAUGUACAGUAAUACAAAUUCAUCACGGAGUAAUUUUUCUCCACAUUUUUCAUCACCAAACCAACUGAGGUUUUCACAAAACCAAAACAAUUACCAGAUUUCAGGAAACCUUACUGUGCCUUGGAUUACAGGGUGUUCUAGAAAAAGAGCACUACAAGACCGCACUCAGUUCAGUGAUCGAGACUUAGCUACCCUUAAGAAGUACUGGGAUAAUGGCAUGACAAGCCUUGGCUCUGUCUGUAGAGAGAAAAUUGAAGCAGUUGCAACUGAAUUAAAUGUUGACUGUGAAAUAGUUCGGACAUGGAUUGGGAAUCGAAGAAGGAAAUAUCGUUUAAUGGGUAUUGAGGUUCCACCUCCAAGAGGAGGUCCUGCUGAUUUUUCUGAGCAGCCUGAGUCUGGUUCUUUGUCGGCACUCACACAUAGAGAAGAAGCCGGUCCUGAAGGAGAAGAUAAUGACAGAAAUGAUGAAGUAUCCAUCUGUUUGUCUGAAGGAAGCUCUCAAGAAGAGUCCAAUGACGUGGUUCCAAAUGAAGAACGGUCUCAAGAGGAGGGACACCAUGCAUUAUCCACAGAAAAUGUGAAAAUAGAAAUACUAGAUGAUGAGGAAAGUGACAUGAUAAGCAAUUCUGAAGUUGAACAAGUAAAUUCUCUCUUGGAAUAUAAGAAUGAAGAAGUCAGAUUUAUUGAAAAUGAACUAGAAAUUCAGAAGCAAAAAUACUUUAAACUCCAAACAUUUGUUAGAAGCUUAAUACUAGCUAUGAAAGCUGACAAUAAGGAACAACAGCAGGCACUGCUAUCAGAUUUACCUCCUGAAUUAGAAGAGUUGGAUUUCGAUCAUGCUUCACUGGAGCCUGAUGAUACCUCAUUCACUGUGUCUUCUUUAUCAGAGAAAAAUGCCUCAGGCAGCUUGUGACUUGAGGGGUGAGGGUGAUAUGUGUAAAGUCUAUUGCUUGCCUAACAGACAUGCAUCUCAAGAUAACUGAAUUCUGUUGCCCUAAAAUUCUCCAGUUGAAAAACAAAUGUAUUGUCAAAACAAGAAAUGUGUAAAUGAUGGACAAGAUAUAAUGGCUACAGAGCAAAAAAAAUGUAUUUGAGAUAUAUAAAAUCUUUGUUUGAGAGUUUUGCUAAGCUGAUGUAACACUGUCAAAAUGAACUUAAUUUUGAGCCAUUUAUCUAUGAAAUGCAUGUCUAAUUUCUAAAGAUUUUUGUUUUGGUUUUAUAUAAGAAUCUUAGUUUUAGCAAAAAUUUUGACCAGCAACACAAAAAUAAAAAUAUUUCAACAUUGUUUAAUAAGUUAUUGAUCUUGAUUGUUUUGGUAGCCAUUACAUCUUCUUUCCUCCUCUCUCCUUUUCAUAUUAUCAACAUAUACUCAGGAAAGUUAACUUAAAAUUCAAAACAAAACUUUAAAAAAUGACAACCUAGAUGAUCUAGAGGCUAUUUUUCAAAUUAUAUGAAACUAAAAAAAUUAUUUAACUUGGUUACUGAAACUUGAAAUGAUUAUUACACUGUAAUUGUAAUUUUUAUUGUCUUCUUUAUCUUAUCCAAAUAUUUGGAGUGAGAAGAAAACACAAUGAAAAAAGUAAUUCACAGACAUGAAAUAAAAACCUGAAAUGUACAACAACAAAAUGUAAAAGAUUAGUCUAAUGGAAAGUCUUCAUUGCUGCAAAUGACAUUUACUGAUAGUAAAUUUAUAUGAGUAAAUUAGAUAAAUAAUCAAAUAUCAUGAGUUUAUCUCUAUCUUCAUAAUAUUUUUCAAUUCCUAUUUAAGAAACAACAAGUCAAGGCAAACCACUGAGAUCUUUUAAUUUAGUCAUUCUAAUUUACCCCCAAAAUUUGCCUCAUUUUCAUGU